AUGGCUUGCAGCAAUAAAAAGAACAGACCUGAUUGUUUGAUAGAUUCUUCUAGCCAAAUCACAGACAAAUUAUUCAGCAUCGUAAGGCAUCUAGCUGAGACAACUCAGAGAAGUGCUGAUAUAUUGGACAUAUUGUUAACAUCCUCUGACAAGGUUGAUAACACGAGAAACGAGCUGGAGCAUCAAGAGCAAGUGAUAGUGCAAUCGGGAAAGCUCUUAGGAAAAUAUGAACUUGUCCACUUGGAUGUUAACUGCAGGCUGGAUGGUCUGCGCGUCCUGCACUAUCUCAUAAAUCGCGGAUAUUAUGACCAACAUUUCUCGCUUCGUGAUGCAACCGUCUCCAUCAAAAUCGUAGAAUCUAAUGAAAAGUUGCGCUCGAAAAUGAACCUGGAAUCAGACAGUCCGUUACUAACAGCUCAUCAUUACUGCUCAUCCAAAUAUCCAAGAGAGCUGAUCGACCAUGCCGUUCACGAUCGAUGCUGUGAAAGACGAAGAUCGCUGAAGCUGAUGAAAUCAUCACCGUCCUUAUCGAAACUGUGGAAGACGAUUUGCGUGUAUCUGGUUGGGUCGCCCAAUGGGAAUAGUUUUUGGCGUAUGCGGGUUUCAAAUCGCUAGGCGUCGCACUGUUUGCGCAGCAUCUCCGCCGGCGGACCGUAUCGUCGUCAGUCCCGAAAAGACGGGACUCUUAGCUGAAAAUAUUUGAGCGAACAUUAAUUUAGAACGCGAUGUCGUAAACUUCUCGCGAAGAAAUGGGAAAGAGAUCUUUCCUUCUAAGUAUUCUCUUGACGCGUGAAAAAUUGGUCGCAAGUUUUGAUACUUUUUUUGUAAUCUUUUCUCGUAAGUUCUUGUAGUAUGUAACGAUUACCGUGCGCGUGUUAGCUCGUUUCUGUAGUGGAAAGUAAAAAUAAGAAUUCUGAAUAGUUUUGUAUACUAAUAUUUCUUUCGUAGUCAUAACAUAAACUUAUACAAUGUGAAUUAA